CCUUCAUACCGGAUACAACCUAAACGUGGUCGGUAGAACUAGGACUGUCCGGUGCAAUACGAAUGUAUACGAAUACGAAAAGGUUUUUACGAAUCAUACAAAUACGACCAUCUCUACAACAAAGAACCACCUGUCAUGAUCCUGUCAUAUAAGUGGUUUGUGUACGUUCCCGUUCCUAUGAAAAAUCUAAAAAAGUAAACAAAAAUAAAUUAAUUCAACCCACUUAAAAGUGGUCAAAUUAAUCAAUGUGAAAUGGUUCUGUAGAUGGACAUCGAAUUUACGCUCUAAUCAGUGUUUUAUUGCCUCAUUCUCUUGAAACCCAUUCCGUGAAGAAGCUAUAGCGAUGAUUGACAAAUAAAAUUGCAGUGUUCAGUGCCCUAAAGGUAAUAACAAGGCUGAUUAAAAUGUCUGGUCACGCAGUGGUCGUGUGGGAAUACGAGAUUCGAACUGCCUACUGGAAACCCUACAGUCCUGAAGUGAGCCAACAUUUAGAGAGGGCCAAUGCCAAACAACUUACCAGGGUCCUGUUGUCUGAUGCUGAUCCUAAUUUAAAGAAUUACUAUGUCAACUUAAGGACUUUAACUCAGGAAUUAGAAUAUUCUGAAAUAGUUAAGCCAGUACGCCGAAAAUGCUACCCCCAAUCAUCCCCAGCAGGCAAAGGAGCAAAAUGGGAAUGUGUAGGCUCCGACCAUGAAUGGCAUUCUUUUGACAUGGAUAUACAAUGUCUCAUUGAAGAGGCCUGGGCCAAAGGGGAUCAGACAAUUGAUAUGAGUAAAACCCACUUGGGUUUUCCUUAUGUGAUCAACUUUAGUAAUUUAACUCAGAUGUGGCUGGCAAAUGGCUAUGUGAGGAGUGUUAGGAGAAUCAAACAGGCACCUUAUCCGCUUGUGAAAGUACGGUUAGAAGAAUUGGCACCAGUAACUGGGCGUAGAAAUACAGAUUCUAGACAGCCGCGUUCAAAGGGAGCAGUUCAAGAUCAACCUGCCAAAGUGAUAGGAACAAGCGCAGCUCUAAACUCAACAAGCACAGACCCCAGCAAGAAGAACGUCAACAAAAAGAAAUCAUCGAAAAGUAAUAAAAGCGAAACCACCCCUACUACGUUGGCGAGGGUGAUCUUAAACAAUUUAAACAUAUUCGGACAUAAGUCGAGCACCAGCGGUAACCCGGGUAGUCAGGACAAUCGCACUUUACUGGACACAGACAGCAGCAGCACGAGAUCCGGUCGUAGGCCGAGUUUGGAUACAGUUUCGACUUAUUUGAGUCAGGAGAGUCGAGAGAGUCAGGCUACAGCCUCUACGGCCGAUUUAAUCAAUUGUAGUGGGAGCGAUGACGGAUUGGUCGAGGCAGUUGAUAGUGUUUCUUCAAUUAUUGGUUUGGAUCCAGCAAGUGCCUCGAUCUCCCAAUACGUCCGAGUAUCAAAAUCAAGUGAGUGGGCGCCACGUCAACCCUGUCCCCUUUGCCGUCAAACCCUCAAACCGACUUUGGUAGUGAUCGCCUUACCGUGCAACCAUGUGUUGCAUCUAGACUGCUUAAAUUACUCACUCACAGAACUGCAAGAGGCCGGGGAUCAGUUACAUAUUCAAUGUUCGGUAUGCGGGUGCGUUUAUGGGGAAAAACACGGGAAUCAACCGCCUGGCAGCAUGGAAUGGAGGGUGAUCGACCGAUGUUUGCCCGGUUUCCCGAACGUGCGGACCAUACAGGUUCUUUAUAAUAUCCAGUCGGGUAUCCAAGGUCCGGACCAUCCUAAUCCGGGAAGGGAGUAUUAUGCCGUGGGUUUCCCUAGAGUGGCUUAUCUACCGGAUAACCCUAAGGGCCGAAAAGUUCUGCGACUGUUACGAGAGGCUUGGCAUAGGAAGUUAAUAUUUACUAUAACUCGCUCGAAUACAACAGGAUGUGAAGACGUCGUUUCGUGGAACAUUCCCCAUAAGACUGAAAUAGGGCCCAGUAACAACAGUUACAGUUACCCGGAUCCGGUGUAUUUAAACAAUAUUUUAAGAGAACUGGAGGCACUGGGAGUGGUCGAAGAGAGUAGAGAAAAAAUAUGAAUUUUAUUGGUGAGUGUAAAUAGGAAAUUGUAAGUUACCCAUAAAUUAAAUGGUAUAAAUCGAAGGUCUAGUUCACAAAUGUUGUAAGCGCAAAAUUAUUAGAUAAAAUAUUUAUUAAUACAUAACAGAGUGUGUUUGCACAAGUCAAAAUAUCUCACAUCAAAGUCUAAAGAAAGCUAAAUCUAAAUGUAAGUCUCAAAAAUUGAAACCUGAUUCGAACAUAAUAUAACAAAUAGAAAACCUAAAGAAAACAAAUCUUGGCAGACAAAAUAGUGGCCUAGAAUGUAAUAGCCCUAAAGGAUGUUAACAUUAAAAGUAUUCUACUCAAUUUGCCUAACAGGGAAAGAAUUUGCCUAACAGGUUCUUUUCCUGUUAGGCUGUUAGGAGUUACAUUGGAUGCUAAAGAUCCAAUGUAACUCCUAGAAAUUUUGUGUGUUAUACCAUAUAUGGUAUAUUAAGUGAAUUUCUUUUUAAACUAAAUUUAACUUGUUGGUCCUCGAUGCAUUUAGGGAAAUUCUAUUGGCUAAAAACCAUUCAUAAACAUUUUGCUCAUCUGUCAUGUCUCACACAGGAUCAGAAGGGGAGUACUGAAUAACAUAAGAUCAUUCAUGUAUAUGGGGAAUAGCAGAGCAUGUAAGUACAGAACCUUGUGAAACACCAUGAUUUAUGUUUCUGUCAAUUGACAUGCUGUUCAUAACUCCAAAAUAUUGAUUGCAAAGGUUCCUGAAGGUUCAAUUAAGUUCACACCAUUAUGGUCCAGAUGGUAUAAUUUUUAGAGUAGGGGAAGGAAUGAAAUCGGACGGUAAUUUGUUAAUUCAUCCUGAGAUUCCUUACCCUUAAAUAUAGGAACUACUUUCGCUCAAGUCACUUGUGGAGAUAAUGACUUAAAAAAAGAUACUAAUUUAUUAUAUAUUGCAAGACAUUUUAUAACAAUACUAUGCAGUUACCAUAGAUCAACAUUACAUACCACAUACUAUAGGGGAACAAAAAUGUAACAUUACAAUAAAUAAAUAACGUUUAUUCUAAAAUCUCUUUCAUUAACAUCCAUAACUGUCUUGGCAUAAAAACAAUUAACUUAUUUUACACCAAAAAACAAAAAAAAACACAAUUUUCUUCACAAAGGAAAAAUCCCAUCUUACCCCGGGCACGGGGCAAGAUCGGACAGCCCUCGGGGUAAUAUGGGGGUAACUAGUUUAUUUACAAACAUCACAUAUAUGGCAGAUAUCUAAACAGUCAUCUUCUUCUACUCCAGCGCAAGAAUUGUGGGACCACUUUUGACAAACUAUCCAUCCUUGAGUGGACCCCACAUACCUAUCACUACAGUAUAAACAUUCGGUGUCGUCUUCGGCUGUAUUCUCUGAAGCACCAUUUUUGACUUCAUGACAGGUCGCAUAACUGCAUAAGCAGUAAUUUUUUAAUGACAAUUUUGGGACACUGUACUGCUAGAGCAGUAUAAAUUUCUAAAACGUUUUAACUUGGAGAAACAUUUAUUUUGAAGAAAGAAAUAAAAUACAACUUAAAGUAAAAACUAGUUCCUAAGGCUAAAAUGGUAACUUUCAAAGCAUGUCGGACAUAAUGCUGGUUUGUCUUCACAACCCUUACAUCUGUAUGAAACUUGUGCCCUUUUGUCCUUUUUGAGACACUCCUUGCAGUUUAAAAAGUAGUUCUUCCUUUUAUAAUUCUCAGAGGGCAAGGGGAUUUUUUCGGGAAAAUGUGGAGUAUCAUUAUUAUUUGGUCUUGCAGGUGUUCGCCGAUUGUCAUGUACAGCAAUGUUUUUAUUUGUUUCAAAAAAAAAAGUCUACCAUUUUUUUCAUUUGCAGGUAUUUCGAGCAAUGCGUUAAAUAUUGUAACGUCUAGUAAAUGAAAAAUGAUUUUCUUAUACCACCUUAUUGUUUUUCGUGGGCAUGAGUAGUAAGAUACAAGCUGAUCCAGUCUAUCAACACCAAACAUAUAUUUGUUAUAUUCUGCUACUUUAACUGGUUUUAAUUUCACCUUAAAAAAAAUAUAUAUUAUUAUACUAGUGUACCUAUUUUAGAAAAACAAAAAAUUUACCUUGCCAAAGCGAUUUGAGACUUCAAUUAACUUGGGAUAAUACUUGCUGGUUAAAAGUAAGACAUCCCUGUUGUCUCUCCAUUUAGAGACGUAUACACCUCGACGUCUUCUCCAGAUGUAUUCCCCCUUUUUUUACCUUUUCAAAGUUACAACUUUUGGAUUGCUUUUCCUAUUGCUCCUGAGGGUCCCUGUUGUGUGAGUUUUGUGUUUUAAGAGGUUUUCUGAGAUCUUUGCACUAUUAUAAAAAUUAUCCAUCACCAGAUGGCGUCCUCUAUUGAGAUAUGGACUCAUUAGUCGCAAAACAAGCGAAUCCACUUUUAAUUCCGCUUCAAUUUUUUCACUUUUUCCUUUGUAUAUUUCUAUAUUGAAUAGGUACCAAUAAUACAAAAAAUUUUAUUCUAUAUCUUGCUCUUUUAUUUUUUAUGUACUGUCUGAAACUAAGCCUUCCUCGAAAAAGCAGUAGUGACUUAUCUAAACUUAAGUCUUCCUCAGGGCUAUAAGCAUUUUGGAAGUUCUGGAUAAUAAUGUCCAGAAGAGACCUUGUACAGUUUAUCUUGACCUACAUUUUCAUAACAACAUAGGUAUCUUAGAAUUUGCUCAUAUCUUCUUCCAGACAUAAAGUGAGAAAAUAUAGGGUGAUAGUAUAAGGGAUCCACUGAAAAGACCUUCCUUAGCUCGGGAUAUCCUAUUUGGGCUCUAAGAAGGGUCACAGCUAUAAAAAUAUCAAAUUCCCUUGGGUCAAUUGAAACAAAUUUGGAUGACCUGGAAUUUUUUUUGUGUGGUCGAGAAGUUCUGGACAUGGUCUCACCAUAUUCAUUAGAGCAAUUUAUUAUUAAAUUUUUGAUUUCAGCAUUUGAAAUACUUCAAGGGAACUCAUAUCAUCAGUAAUGUCAAUUUUUAUUCCCGCUGCAUCAUGAUCAAAGUUAAAAUUGGGGAUAUCUUGCACAAAUUCAACCCAUUCAUCUAAAAAAAAUACAAACAUGCAAUAAACAAAGAAAAGUAUAAAACUGGAAAACUCGCCGUCUUUGUCUUCGUUUCCCUCAUUUUCUGUGUCAAUAUAUUCACAAUUGGUAUCUGUUUCAAUAUUUUCUUUCUCUGACUUCUCAAUUUCAGAACUGCUGCUUAAAUCACUAUCUCUGGGUUGAUAAGUAGGGUCAUUUAUAUCAAAUUCACCGUCUCUGUCUACAAAAGGGUCCGACCUUUCCGUGUCCGUAGAAUCACUCUCACAGUAUUCAUCACUAGACACUUCAUCAUAAAGUUUUAACAAUCUCUGUUGUUCUUUAGGAUCCAUUACUAAUUACGCAGAUCACAAAAACAAAAACACGUGCUACCUCUGGGACAGUUAAAAUACAACUCGGUAGUAAACAAUGAGACGGUUACUGCUAUAGCAGUAAGAGCGCCAAAAUUACUCCCCACUCAACUAACAAACAGCUUGCCUAUGCAAACUAGUUUCUCCUACUAGUAGGACAGUGCCCCAAAUUUAAAAGAGUUGCAGUGGGACAGUAUUAGUUGAACUACAGUAAAUCUAUAUUCAAAUUCCUACUGCUAUGGCAGAAGUGAAUUUUCAUACGCGAUUUAUUUUACUGCCAUAGCAGUAGGUGUCCCAUGGCGUGAAUUUUAGAAUACUUCUAUGGCAGUAGCGUCCAUCAACGUGUUAAAAUUAGCAGAAUAAUAAGACUCAACAUUAUAAUAAAAUUAAGUUUCAAAUACCUUAUCAACUAUGGAAUUGUUUCAUUUGUUGAAUGAAGUUUUAGAAAGACUUGUGAAAGUACUGUUGUCUUGCUGAAAAAGAUUGUAAGUUGAGUUUAAAGCUGCUUCGGUUUUGGUAUAUUAUUUUUAACGUCAUUGAAAUCAUCAUUAGUUUUCUUAUCGUCAGUUAGAAUACGUUGAGAUGUUAUCAGAUUGUGGCACAUGCAUUGUAGGAUCUUUUUGUGCAACAUCAAAAUUUAACUGUCGUAAAAUGCGCUCACUUCGACCAGAUUCUAAGUGAAAAUAAAAUAUUAUUUCUUGAAAAUACUUUCUAUCUUAAAAUUAAUCUCAAAAAACCGGCUAGAUUUAAUUAAAAAUAAGUGAAAAAACUAAUUUUGUUUUUCGAUUUAGGAAAUUUCUAUUAAUAUGAAAAUUAAAUGCUAGUCAAUAUAGUUUUAAUUUAAAAUAAAAUAUAACAUUAAUGUAACGUUCUGCACAAAACCAUUUGUAAGUAUAAAUAUAACUUUAUUCUUCAUAAAGUAAAUAAGAGUUCUCAUCUUUGUUCUACAUAAAAAUUUUAUAUUCAUAAAUAAAAACAUCACCACCAAUCCAAUAAAAGUUUUUACUUACCUUACUGCAACAACAGUUUUCUUAAAGAAUAUUAAAUAAUGACAAGAUUAAACGAACUUACCUGAAGUGAAGUUCGGUCUUGAUUUUAUGAAGCGUAUUUCCCGAAGUAAAUUACAAUAAACGUAGUACUUGAAUCCACCAUAUUUAAAGAAAUCUGUAAAAAAGUUUUUUCCCCACCAUAGCGCGCCGCGCGCACCCAUCCUUGGCUUUGGUGGCGUCCAUUUUCAUUUACUUAGAAGCAAUUUUUUAUAACAAAUUUUUUGGGUAGGGUAUAAUACAUAAACGAAUUAAUAUUUUUCCACUAUUAGAGAGAAACGGGAGGGAAAGGUAAUUUACUUCGGGACAUCACUUUCGUGAUUUACUUCGGGAAAAAAACGCUUCAUAAAAUCAAGAUCGAACUUCAUUUCAGGUAAGUUCGUUUGAUUUUGUAAUUUUACUUCAGCGUAUUUCCCUCAUAAAUCACAAUAAACGUAGAGCUUUAAACUAAGUGUUAAUACAUGUUUUUUAAUAUUGCCAAAAGAAUAAAUCUAUAAUGUAAUCUAUAUCUAAUAUAAUUACACUUAACAAAAUCUUAUAAAUUAUACAUUGUUAUAUGUAUAUUCCUAUACACUAACCAAUCUAAGAAGUAUUGUCCUUUCUUACUAGAGGCUUAUUGUAAUACCUAGAGAAUGUGGUAGACUGGGUGGUCCACCCAGCUAUCUUUCUUAUAACGUCCACAGGCACGCCAGAUCUGAAUGCUGCAGAAGUGGCAGCAUGUCGAGUGCCAUGAGCCAUAAAAAUAUCCGUAUUGACCCCGCUAAUUUUUAAAACAGCUUUUAUCCAACGACUUAAAGGCUGCGGGGGUGCCGCUCCAAAAGGUUUUUUAAAACAGAGGAACAGUCUUUUAUUUGAUGCCCUAAUAACGCUAGUUUUCUCUAGGUAGCUUGAUAAGGUUAAAUACGGACAUCUUUUCGGGUCAUCAUGUCUGUCAACCCUUAACAGAGGCUGUAAUUUGUUUUUUCCCGACGUCUUUUGUCCUAUCGGGAAUUUUAAUUUGAAAACCAUUUUCACUUCUCUUAAUAUUUCGAACAUCAAUCAGAGAUAAUGUUUGUACUCUAUGCGCAGUAGCAAGGGCUAAUAAAGUUAUUGUCUUAUAGGUUAAAUCUCUUAAGGAGAGGUCAUUAUUUGGGUAAAGAGUUGCUAAAUAUGAAAAGACAAUUUCUGGAUCCCAUGUUUCAUCAUACUUUGGUCUAGAGGGUCUUAAGAUCUGAAUACCCUUGAAAAAUCUUUUAAUUAUUACAUCAUUAACAAUACUGGGAUUCAAAAUAAUACUUAUAGCUGCUCUGAAAGUAUUCAAUAAAAAAUUCAAUAGAAAGGGAACUGAACAUAAACUGUAAAUGGUACCUGGUUCCCUUUACAAAAUUCCCACCAUACCUUCAGAGCCGAGUUGUAUUGGCGCUACGUUGAUUCGGUGAUUGAAGCUCUCAUCACAGUCAGAGCGUCGGAAGGAAUGCCCUUAAUUAUGAAGGCUUGUUCGACAAUACUCCUGCUGCCAGGGAAAGCGUCUUCCACAGGGGAUGAGAAUCUCUAGAAGGCGAAAAAAGAAGUUCUUUUGCUGGCGGAAUAAUCAGUAGUUCCGAAACUAAUAAACUCAGGAUACCAUGCCUGGCUGGGCCAAUAAGGAACUAUUUAUCUAUACUACUAUUCCCUUGGCUUUAUCUGCCUUAAUCUUAUUUAAAACUCUGGGAAUUAAUGAAAAGGGAGGAAAAGCAUAAAAAUAAUAUGUCUCCCAAGAAAGAGUAAAAGCAUUAACUAAAAAGACAUCGGGAUCUCUGAACCAGGAAAUAAAUUUGUUGCAUUUUUUAUUAAUCCUACUGGCAAACAAAUCUAUCUCGGGUACCCUUAAUUUAGAUAUAACAUCAUCAAAUAUUUAUUUAUUUAUUUCAAUAUACGGCAGAGCCAGUUUACAAAAACAAAAUAGAUAAUACAAAAUACUAGACAAUAUAGCAAUAUAAAUACAAUACUAGAAUUACAAAAAAAAUAUAUAUAUACCAAGAUAAAACCUCUGAAAAAACAGUCAUCAACGGGGCUAAAAACUUAGCACUAUCCAAGGAACGUAGGUUAAAGUGUAAGAUUAUUUAUUUUUGAUUUGAAUGACCGUAAGCCGCCGGAAAAUGGAUCCAAACUAUUUUCAUUAAAGAAACGCAAAGUCCUAGUCAGUGGAGAAAAAAACCCAUAGUUGGUCGAAUGAAAGGGUAAACGAAACAUAGAAGAGUUGAUCCUUCUUUGAUAGGUGUUAAAAGGAAUUGCUUCCAAGAUGGUAGGACAAUGAUAUAAACCAUUUAAGAUCUUAUAAAACGUUAAAGCAUCAGAAUAAUGUCGUCUGACUUCAAGAUUAGGAAUAUUAAAUUGGACACUGAUAGCAUUAUAGUCGAUGUAAUAAUUACGAAAAAUAUUAACUUCAGCUCUAUAAGGGAUCUUAAGAAUCUUCUUUGUACAGCCUCAAGGUGUUCAAUUGUUCAAUAUGAGAAUCAUAAUAAGGGGACCAAAUUACAGACGCAUACUCAAGCAAGGAACGUACCAAAGAGUAAUAAAGUAAUUUGAAACAAUAAGGUGAAAGAUGUACACUAUUUCUAGUGAUAAAACCAAGACUACGCAUACUCCUGUUAAUAAUAUCCAAAAUGUGCGGCAAAAAAGUUAGCUUGGUAUCAAAAAGAACACCUAAAUCUUUAACUGUAUCAACUGACUUGAGUUCGUUAUUGUUGAUUGUGUAUUGAUAAUUAAUAAUUUUAUUAGAACGACCAAACGAAAUACAUACACACUUCUUUACAUUCAGUUCCAGACUAUUGCUAUUACACCACUCAGCAACACUAUUUAAAUCCAAUUGAAGUAGCUCAGCAUCAAGAUAUGACUCAAUGGCUUUAUACAGUUUAAAAUCAUCAGCAAAAGCAAGAUGUUUUGAAUGAACAAUUACAUCACUCAAACCUUGAGGCACGCCUGAAGAUACUUCAAUACCAUUAGAAAUAUAAUUACUUAUCCUGACCAACUGUGUGCGACCAGUCAAAAAACUGUGACAAAACUCGACCAAAGUCCUACCAAGGCCCAUAGCCCCAAACUUCUGAACCAGAUGUUCAUGACCAACCCUAUCAAAGGCCUUCGAGAAGUCUGUGUACACACUAUCGACCUGUACAGACCUCUCAAAAGCACCAAUCAAAUCAUACUGGUAAGUCAACAGGUUAGUCACCGUAGAUCUACCCUGACAAAAACCAUGCUGAUGAUCACUAAGCAAUCGCCUACAGUGCCACGAAAAUCGCACAGAAAACAACCUGUCAAACAGCUUAGGAACUACAGACUGAAUACACACACCUCUAUAGUUACAAAUAUCAGUUCUAUCCCCAUUUUUAUGAAUUGGCGUUAAAAAGCUUACCUUCCAAUAAUCAGGAAAUUUGCCUGAUGUCAAGCAAAGAUUGAAAAGGUGAUGCAGAGGCUUACUCAGAGUACACACACAGUUUUUAAGAAAAACAGAUGGGAUACCAUCAGGGCCAAAAGAAUGUUUGUUCGGAAGGCGUAAGAUUUCAUCAAAUAUGUCCAAUUAAGAAAAAGAGAUGCGAUUUAAAUCCAGACUGUAAUCAAAUUUAUAGUCAGGAGCCUUGCGGACAGGUUGCCUGUAUGUAGUUUCAAAAUACCUAGCAAAUAAGUUUACAAUAUCUUGACCAUUACCAGCAACCUCGGCUUCCAUAUGCAUGCUAUUGGGGUAUGAAUCAGACCUACGUAAUCUAUUGAUGUGUUUCCAAAAUGAAGAAGGAUCAUGAGAAAUUUCAGUAUUUAAUCUUUCAAUAUAUGACCUAAAACAUUCAUCACGAAGAGUUUUACAUUUAUUCCUCAAAUUUGAAAAAUUAACAUAAUCCAUGGGAUUCUUACUAUUUUUGAAUUUUGUGUGAGCAAUCUUUUUUUGAAUAACAAGAUUCUGUAAUUUUCUACUAAACCAAGUGGGAAAAUUAGAUGAUUUAAAAUGUUUAAUUGGAACAAACAUCUCAAUAGCAAAAUAGAGAGCAUUGUAAAAAAUAUCAAUGCAUUUAUUAAUAUCCUUCUGAUUAAAAGCAGUAUCCCAAUUCAUGCAAGCAAGGUAAUUAUUAAUGGCAACAAAAUCACAGUUUACAAAAUCAUAAUAAUAAACAUCAUACUUAAGACUAAAAUCACAAUUAAUAGGAAUACUUAUUUCAUAAGCAGGAUGGUGGUUUGAUGCGGGUGAUAAAUUUUCAGUAGCAUAUAUGACUUUAACAUUUGACAAACUUGAGAAAAACAGAUCAAGAAAUGUACCAAACAAAUUUGGCAAGCCAUUCACCUGCUUAAGAUUAAGAUAGUUACAACAACUACAUAGCACAUUUGGAGAUGUUAUAGACUCAGCCGUCUCAACAUGCAGUCCGUUCACAGAGUUCCUCCAUACCGCAUGUGGCAGAUUAGAAUCACCACAAAAUAGAAUAUCACAACUAGUAUGAACACUCACAAGAUCCAUGGAUGUAGAGGCAAAUUCCUCAUAAAUUGAUAAAGCAGAAGCAGGAGGGAUGUAGACAGCACCAAAAAUGAUAUUCUUGUCACUGCAUGAUACAAGCACAAAGAUGUUUUCCAGGGUUGAAUCACUGGUCUGUAAUAACCUGGCUUUAAAACAUUUACGAACAGCAGUCAAAGUGCCACCACCCCUUUGCCUCCCUGUAUUUGUGUAACUUCGAUCCUGACGGAAAAUAUUGAAGUCAGUGAACCUUAACUCCGAGUUUAGAAAUUCUUCAUUAAGCCAAGACUCCACCAAAAUUACAACAUCAUAUAUGCAACUGUUGACAGCAUUCCGCAGAUCAGCUAUUUUAGUUCGCAAACCACCUGCAUUAUGAAAGUAUACAUUUAGUUUUUUGGAGUCUGCUUAAUAACAUUAUUCCUCUUUUGUUGGACCACUUUAGGAAUGCCAUUAAAAUAUUGUAUGCAUAAGUUCUGUUCUGUACGUGAGCGCAAAGUAAGUUCUUCAUAAGCAUUUUUUACUUGCUUACGUUGAAUAGGUGUUAGGUCAGCUUUUAUUUUUAUUUUAAUUUGAAAAUUAUCAAGUGAUUUACGAUUUUUUAAAACAGAGGAUGCCAGCUCACUAUUAGGGAAAACCACUCUUAAUGGUCUCAAUUUGUCUUUGUUCAAUUUGCCUAGACGAUAGGCUUUAAAACUUGGACAGGUAAUAUUUAGUCUUAGAAAUCACUCAGUUACAUACUUCUUGUCGUGAUCUAAACGAACUUUAGAUUCUUCGGCAUUACGCUCAGGGACAUCAUAAAAAAUAACAUUCUUGGAUCUGGAAGCUCUUUCGUGCAUUUCCUCGUAAAUCUCUGUAGGGGUCAGCUCAGCAGCCAUGUUAGUCUUACUUACCCCCUGAGAUUUUAAUUGAUCCAACUCAUACUUAAGGUCUUGGACCUCAGAUUUAAGCUCAGAUACCACUGAGCCAAGGUCGCCUGUCUGAAUAGCCUUAAUUUCAUCCAACAGACAUGUCAGCUUAGUGUUCUGAUCGUUAAUAGCAUUAAAAAUAUUUAAUAUGAUCAAAACAACAUUCGACAUCUCAAUAUUCUGUUUGUUUACUAGACAAUCUUGAAUUUUCUCUCCUAACCUCGAAAAGUCGUCAGCUGUUAUUUCUUGGGAGAGCUCCCAUUCUGUAUUUUCUUUUUGGUUCUGAGAUUCAAAAGCUGCCUCAAAAUUUUCCCGAGAGCUUAUGUAUGGGGCAUAUAUAAAAAAUUUUCUACUUUCACACCACUGCCAUAUCCUACGAGUAAUUUUGUUUAAACUAGGAUAUUGAACCCCUCCCAUUCGAUUAAUGUAAGAUAUCGCAGUGGUGUUAUCAAUCCUCAGUAAAAUCUCACAAUUUUGGGAUUCUGAGGCAAAACAACUAAGGCCCAUGAAAGCUACUGAUAAUUCAAGAAAAUUUAUACUCAUAUCUCUCUCUACAGAGCUCCACACUCCCCUUGCUCUAUCCUUUCCACAUACAGCACCCCAUCCAGACACGCUUGCAUCUGAAUAAAUCUCCAACACAAAAUUAAAAGAAGCUAAUUUACAAAAUGGAUAUUUUAAACUGUCCUGCCACCACUGAAAAUCUGCAUACAAUUUUUGCGAAACAAGCAUAUGAGCGUCAUAAUUAUCGUUAUUUCUUCGCAAAGCAAGAAAUGUUUCUCUUUCAAAUUCUUUUGUAUAUAGCCAACUGUAUGGGAUGGCAGGACAAACGGAUACAAGAACUCCACAAAAUUUAGCAAAAUCCCUUAUUAUGCAUUUCUUAAUUUUCGGGAACUUUCCUAUCAAAUUAGAAGUUCUAAUAAUUUUGUCCAGAGGUAGGCCCAAACCUAAUCUUUUAGAAUCAAAAUUGAACCCUAAAAAUUUACAAACUGUAUGGGGAGCGAGGCAAUUUUUUCAAAAUUGAUGAUAAAACCUAAAUCUUGUAAAGUUCUUAAUGUUAUCUGUAUGUUCGCUUUGCAUUUUUCUAUAUCAUCUCCAAAGAUCAAAAAAUCAUCUAAAUAGUUCACCGACAUGUAACCCAGAGACCGAAGAUGACUCAAAACAGGUCUUAAUAAUUUCGUGAAGACCCAUGGAGCUACACUCAAACCAAAAGGCAUACAAUUAAACUCGUACAGUUUUGAGUCAAAAUAAAAUAAUCUUAGGUAUUUUUUAUACUCCGAGGAAAUUGGGAUUAAAAAAUAUGCCUCCUUAGGGUCCAAAGUGGCCAUGUAACAAUUUUUUGACAUUAAAUUUGCCGCCAACUUUCGGUCCUCAAGUUUAAAAUGAUAUGUUUUACAAACAUAUUUAAACAUUUUAAAUUUAAAAUAAGUCUUUGAGUACCAUCCGACUUGGGGACUAAGAAAAUAUUAGAAAUAAAUUGUCCCUUUACAGCGUUACAUGAUGAAAUUGCCCCAAUUUUCUCUAAAUGCUGUAGCGAAGAAAUACUACACCUUUUAGAUGGGGACCAAUUAUGAGGUUUUGGUGUGUUCACUUGAACCACUUCUCCAUUAAAUGGAAUUUUAAAACCGUCUAACCAGGAAAGAACAACACUAUCCUUAGAAAAAGGCUCCCAAACGUUUUUAAAAUAUUUUAACCGACCAGCAAAAUUACUCACCGGCUCUCCGGUAAUAUAGCUUCCUUUCCCCUUUCUUUGGGUAUGUCCGAGGCCUGUUGUACAUCUGCUGUGGUUGUUGUUGCUGCUGCCUCGGCCGGUAGCUCACCCUCUGUCUGGGUACCCUGCUGUCUACCUUCCCCCUCCACUGCCCGUCUCCCCUCUUUGAUGGUUGGUGGGAAGACGGGCCCCUGGAGUUUAAAGGACCUGUAUACCUGGUCCUCUGCUUGCUUCCUGAAGGGAUAUUGAACCCUCGUGUGUCCAUUAGCCCUUCGCUAUUUUUAUAUAGGGUUCUAUUUUUCUCGACAACCUCGGCUAAAUUGUUGCCAAACAAAAACUGGUCCACCUCAGAAGCCAUUAGGAUCUCCUUAUAAUUUUCUUUUAAUUUCUUUUUAAACCCCAUAUUCAAUAGCAAAGCCUUUCUGCUAGUUGAUUCGCCAAAUUGGGCAUCAGUCAAUAAACGCCCCCAUCGCUCAACCUCUCUACCAAAACGAGCCUGUCUUCAUCUGAAAUGGUCCUUGGGUCCAGCAACCUCGUGACAGCCUUUCCGAUCUGCUUUUCUGGCAUCUCUCUUUUCGGCCACUGGAUUUAUGUUAAUCCAAAUCUGCGGGUUUAAUUUCGGAGCAUUCACUGUCAAACAGUUUUUAGGAGAAGGAUAUUUGGUAAUUAAGGUCGGCCUUGUCUCUUUUGACAGCACUUUCCCAAUAAUCUUGGACCAUGUAUCCGCCAAACUUUAAUGGAUCCUCUCUCCUGAAUCGUCCACGGUUUCUGCAAGUCCAAGGAGCGCUACAAAUCGCGGAUCCAAUUCAGGAUCCUGAUUUUCUACAUCUGAAUGUCCUGAAAACAAAUUGAGCGAUACUAAUCGUUCAAAAUUUUACAUCUCAAGCCCCCAAAUCAAAGAAAAACAGUUUUUCUCUUAUUUGGUGAAAGCGCCGCCAUUACCAGUGUUUUACCAUGUGCUAUCAUAGAUGGCGUGAUUACACCAUGUCCGCCAAAUUGAAGAGCUUAACGGUCGGAAAGUUCGGACGCCUUCCAGUAGGUGGCGAGUAUAGCGUAUAAACGCCGCAAGUCAAUUUCAAGAAUUUUUAAUAAAUGAGCAAUGGGGCAUGGCUUUGACUUGACUGCGGUGCUUGAGAAUAAAUUUCCAAGUGAAAAAUCGGACAACGACUUUGCAUUGCACAAGAAAAAGAAAAUUGUGACGAGACUUACUAUUUUCCUCCACCAAAUCCUCCUGUAAAAACCAAUCCUCAUUUGGCGAAUUUAUGUAAGAGGGGUGACUGGUGCCUGCCCCUGAGUUCGCUGAGGUUGAGGGACCAUCCGCCGGUGGUAAUGGCGGAGGUGAAGGAAUAGAGCCAAUAAGCCCUAUAUGAUCGGCGACCUGGUGGUCACUCGAUCCUGGGAACCAAACCUUGGUAGGCUUGGGUUCCACUCGGCGUCCCUUUUUAUUUUUCAUAAUGCGAAGUUUCGCCUGCAGCGAACGCAUUUCGGCUUCCUCCUCCGAAGACAACGAAGAACUAUCACUAAUAAUUCUUUUGGCCAUAAUUUUCCCAAAAAAAAACACAAAACUCGAGAAACUAUACUCGCACCAACACCAGAAUCAAGAAUGAAAAUGGACGCCACCGAAGCCAAGAAUGGCUGCGCGCGGCGCGGUAUGGUGGGGAAAAAACUUUUUUACAGAUUGUUUUGAAUAUGGUGCUUUCACCAAUAUAUCAGGUUCAAGUACUUCGUUUAUUGUGAUUUAUGAGGGAAAUACGCUGAAAUAAAAUAACAUCGCACGGAAAAUCGGCGACAAACUAAAUUAAAAUGUCAAUUUUUUUUUUCUAUAAAACUAUUAUUUUUUUUUAAUAUUUCUGUAGAAAUGAAAAAAAAAUUGAGUUAUAACACUUACUCAGCAUGGCCCAUAUAUUGUGUAUUUAUCUUACUUUUGGUGGAAAAUGUACCUACAACAUUUAUGUACUAGACCAGCGAAAUUUAGUUGCAAUAAGGGUCUUCCUUAAGCUUGUAUAUUAAGCUUUAAUUAUUUUAAUUUAAAAUUGCAAUAGAUAUAGUGGUAGUCUUAUAUGGAGCAAAGGUUUUUGUUUAUUUAUUUUCAAAUUUUAUUUUGAGACUUCUAGGUUGAUUUUUUUAAAUAUAUUUUUAUAGUGCAAUAAAUUGAAUAUUAAAAUUA